UGUCGUUAAUACUUUCUCCAGUCUCUUCCGACACUAUUCCUCACUUCGAGAGUCCCGGAGAUGGAAAAAGAAUGAUACCUAGAGAACGAAACUAAGGCUAAGGCCUUCUCGUGCUUGCCUUAAGUCACCUCCAAAACAGACACCCUUCCACCCCUUCCCUUCCUCUCUAUGGAGUUUUUCCUUCCGGUUGGGUUCCGCUUUCUGAUUAGCCAGUGGAGCUACUUCCGCCUGUCCUCCCUCCCUCCCUCGCCGGCGCCGCGAUUAUGCAUCUUUUUCUGCCUGUAAACGAAGUUCUCUACGUGCUGCUUUUUGUGACCGUGACAACAUGUGGCGACUCCCAGGGAUGCUGGGCCGAGCUCUACAGCACCUGCCUAGGCACAGUCUUCGUGGUGUGAUUCCUGGGGCUCCUAGCCAGGAUGAAUCUCGAGUCACUUGGUCACCACAGACCAUCCAUGUGCCCAACUAUAAAAGGUAUGAGUCCCAUACCCUGGGUGUGGGCAAUGGCCCAAAGUACCAGGGUUGGAAAAAUGCCUUCAAGUGGAUCUCAAGUCGCAUGUCCUGUCACAGAAUGUGGGAUGCUAUCUCAUGGGGAACCCUGACUGUUCUGGCCCUGCAGUUGGCCAGGCAAAUUCAAUUUCAAGCAUCCUUACCUGGUUUCCAGAGACAAGAACAAUGCUCUUGGCAAAGCUACCUGGACCAGAUCCGUGCCUCCCCUUUGCGGUGCCAAGACUUAUGGUUGAGGACAAAUAUUCUUCCUACAAAUAAUCCUCCAACUCCCUGCCCCACAUGCCUUGAGGAAGCCUCAGGAAAGCAGAAAGGACCUGACCCUCAGUCUGAGAGCCUUGCUUCCCAUAGCUCCAAGAGGACAACUAGACUCAGGGGUUCUUGUGAACCAGAACCUGUUGGCAUUGCUUCCUUGGACGCUCCUGGAACAGGCCAGCAUCACACCACCAGAGAGAGAGUGGUAUUGGAGGAGGAGAAAACAGAAUCUCUUUCCUUAGAAGAAGCCAUGUUGUCCUUGCAGCAGCAAUUCCAGCUCAGUAUUUCCAUCGCCUUCAAUUUCCUGGGGAAUGAAAAUAUGAGAAGUGGCGAUUUUGAAACAGCAUACUCUUACUUCCAGAAGGCUGCAGAGCAGGGCUAUAGUAAAGCUCAAUACAAUGUGGGCCUGUGUCAUGAGCAUGGAAAAGGGACCCAGAAAGACCUCAGCAAGGCAGUUUUUUAUUACCAGCUUGCUGCCCAGAAGGGCCACCAAAUGGCUCAGUACCGCUAUGCCAGGUCCCUGCUAAGGGAUGAAGCCCCAAGGGAAGCUGAUAAGCAGAGAGCAGUGGCCAUGCUGAAGCAAGCAGCUGAUGCUGGCCUGAAAGAGGCUCAAGCUUAUCUGGGGGUGCUGUUUACCAAGGAACAGUUCCAGGAUGAGCGGAAAGCUGUGAAGUACCUUUGGCUUGCAGCCAGUAGUGGGGAUUCUCAGAGCAAGUACCACAUGGGGAUUUGCUAUGAAAAGGGCUUUGGCGUCCAGAAGAACCUAGGGGAAGCCAUGAGAUAUUACCAGCAAUCAGCUGCUCUAGGGAAUGAGCCAGCUCAGAGGAGACUGAGGGUGCUUUUCUCAACAGAGCUGGAAGCUUUGGGGCAUGAUAACCCAGCACUUAAAGGUUUGAGGUCCUUCUCUAGCCCUUCUGUCUGUACUCUGGAUACAGCCCUGAAUGGGGCUGCCCACCUUCCCCAUGCUUGGAGCACAGGAAACCUUGGACUUCUUGACAGAAAUGAUCGUCUGGGACCCAGCACUAGCACUUUUGGGGCAACAGAACCCUCAAGCCCACAUCCUUUUGAGAUGCAUCUGGUAAAACUAGGAUUUGGAUAAGAGGAUUUCCAUUCAGAGCUAUUCCCUGGACAUAUCUGUUUGGCCCCAUGAUGAUCAUUUCAGUCCCAAAGAUGGAAGCUAUAGGAAUCCCUCACUGACACUGGACAUGGCCUUGGACCCAAAGGGUUUGGUGCUGCUCAAUCAGAUUCUUCUGUGAAGACCUUGAAGAAUCACUUUAUUUUUCCAUGGAAAAUGGAGACUUGAGUGUGAGUUCUAUAAAUAAGAGCAUGGUUUUUCAUAGCCUCACUUGGGACAUCAUAUAAUAUUAAGAUCUCUUAAUACUUAAUAAAAUAUGCUGAUUAAAACCAGAA